GGCAGAGGAAAAUUUGCAGUGGUGAAGAAGUGCAUCCAGAAAGACACUGAAAGAGAGUUUGCAGCAAAAUUCAUGAGAAAAAGAAGAAAGGGCCAAGACUGUCGGAUGGAAAUUAUUCACGAAAUUGCAGUCCUUGAGCUGGCACAAUGCAACCUUUGGGUCAUUAACUUGCAUGAAGUUUAUGAAACUGCAACAGAGAUUAUUUUAGUCCUGGAAUACGCUGCUGGAGGUGAAAUCUUUGACCAGUGUGUGGCUGAAAGAGAAGAAGCCUUCAAAGAAAAAGAUGUUAAACGACUUAUGAAGCAGAUCUUAGAAGGAGUUUCAUUCUUGCACAGAAACAAUGUGGUUCAUCUUGACUUAAAGCCCCAAAAUAUCCUACUAACCAGUAAGUCUCCUCUGGGAGACAUUAAGAUAGUAGAUUUUGGCCUUUCCAGAAUAAUGAAGAGCAGUGAGGAACUAAGGGAAAUUAUGGGAACUCCAGAAUAUGUAGCUCCUGAAAUUCUGAGUUAUGACCCAAUCAGUACAGCAACCGACAUGUGGAGCAUUGGAGUACUGGCAUAUGUUAUGCUAACAGGGAUAUCACCCUUCUUAGGGGAUGAUAAGCAAGAAACAUUCUUAAAUAUAUCUCAGAUGAAUGUAAGUUACUCUGGAGAAGACUUUGACCUCAUAUCAGAGUCUGCUGUGGAUUUCAUCAAAACUCUGCUGGUUAAGAAACCAGAGGACCGGGCAACUGCUGAAGAAUGUCUUCAACAUCCGUGGUUAGAACAAAGCGAUAAUCCUGCUUGCAGGGCCUGGAAUAAGAGUGCAGGAGGGGAGACCAGUGAUGUCACCCAGAAAGAUGCAGAUUCUGCCUCUGAAAAAUCAGUAGAUGCUGAGAAGACUGAAGAGGAAGAAUCAAUAGUGACAGAAGAACUAAUUGUAGUGGCUUCAUAUACACUGGGACAAUGUAGGCAGUCAGAAAAAGAAAAAGUAACUGAGCAGAAAGCCAUUUCCAAACGAUUUAAAUUUGAGGAACCAUUACUGCAAGAAAUACCAGGAGAAUUCAUUUACUGAACUGUUGUGGAGCUUCAUAGCUAUGACUGGAAGGCAGUGUUUUCUACUAAACAAAAAUAUCCUAGCCAAGUGAAUUUCUGAUAUGCAAUAAAUGCUCUAGAUAAAAGUAAAUGUUGAUAAAUGGCAUCCAAGGAAAAUGUGCCAAGCUUUUAAUUUCAUGGAACAGAUAAGAUUUCAAGUGGCUGACAAGAAUUUAACAAAGAUAAAAAGCUUAUUUUUAUUUGUAAUUUUUAUUUCUGGUUUUUUUUUUGUUGCUUAAUAGCAGAGUUUUUGUUAAUUGUUCCAGUGUUCUGGAGAAGUUGACACUGAAAGUGUUUCAGUGACAGAUGUCAAGAGGAGUAUUUUUAGGAUAUGUUUUGGCAUUUAAUGCAAGUGUAUAAUGCUGAGUUUUCCUCUAACACCUUUUAGCACUCCUGACUUCAGUGGAACUAUCUACUGAUCUGAAAACUGUAUGAGAGGGGAAUUCGCUCAACUGGUUUGACCUACAGAUUUCGGUUAUACUGUGUAUAUAUUUCUUGGUUUACAUCAAGUCAAAGACGCAGGCUCAUCUGGCAUAGAGCCAGUCAGCUGCCCCUCUCUGGGAAGAGAUGCACAUGUCCCACAGGUAAAGAAAUCUGUAUCGGGGAACGAUUCCAGAUCACAGUGGUGAUGCCUCUUUAUUUGGGAGCACAGUAGAGUCCCGCUCCUGAGGGUGAACAAUUUGCUGAAGUCGGUCACUCUUGAGGGCCAGCAGAGAUCUCUCCCGUCCCCUCACGUGUUGGGCGAGGUGCGCUAAUAGAAUCCAGCUCCAUGUGACUGAGCAGUGUUGGGGGGUGGAAAAAAAAACAAACAGAGGGUCUGAUGUAGCUCUGCUGAAGUUACCAAAGUUCUCUCCACUGACUGCGCUGGGUUAGAUCAGACAGCUUGUCCAACUAAUGAUAAGUCAGCCCUCGAUUCCACCUCCCCUAGAACCCAGCUGGGGUUUUACUGGGAGCAUGAGGUCACUGCUGCCUUCUUUCUGUUCCGCUAACUGCUGCUUUAAGGAAGAAAGAAGCAUCCGUAGGCUAAAUUGCGUAACCUUCUUCAAUAUAGCUAUCAGAUGAGGAAGAAGUUACCGCUUCCUCUGAAACAGUGAAGCACGGCUCUCACCCCGUGCUUCCCAAUCACUCUCCCUCAGACAUUUGGAAAACCAGCAUGUGUAUGAUGGGGCAGGGGGGGAUUAGGGAGCUGUGUGGAUGGGUCGUAGCUCUUGGUGGACAUAGUCCCUCAGAGGUCAAAGCUGGGACCAACUGGGCAUCAAAAUUGACGGGUUUUUGCAAUGCACGGGUCUGAGGAUCUUGGACUGAGUCCUAUUUUUCUAAGAAAUCUUUCAUAUUGAUGCUGUUCCAAAGUUUAAUUUUUAUGUCAUUGAAGUUUAGUACUAUUAUAUUGCAUACUGUUAACUAUUCAACUAUUUAUUUGGUUUUCUUAUGCUGUUCCUUUAUAAUAAACCCUGACAAAAGUUUUCUUGCUAUAAAACAAUGAAUAGAAACUCUUAAGCUAGUUUUUCCUUUUUUCCCCUGUUGCUACAGACUUUCCUAAUUACAAAUGUACCGAGGAUGUUCUUACUCUUUUUAGUGAAGAGGAGUUCAGUGCUCGGUGCUACUGUUACAGCUCCUCCUUCACACAGAAGGUCAAUGGCGUAUGGAUAACACAGGCAGUACCGGGGUGAUCCAAUCAGCAUUGCUGCAAGGGUGGGAGAAAAAGCGCUGGUAAAGAAGAAAACUGAACAGAAAGUAGUGUGGCACACCCAGUGGGGCAAUGAACAUUUUUCUGUAAGGCCUCAUUGCCAGUGGUCAUGUUGCCCUCACUUGAGGCCACAUCAGAAUAAUUGCACUAAAAUUAAACUGUUCUGUCAGGUUUCUUCCCCUAUUGAAUUACAUAUUGAAUAUUGACAUAAGGUAGGGCAACUCCUCACUCCCUGAAGACCUUCAUAUAACAAAACAUCCAAUAGUACUCAUAUAAGUGGGUUUGGAUGUGGCUUAUGUUGUAAUACAGAGAUGCCUUUCGUGCUCUGGAGAAACGAGUCAUGUGCUGUUUUUUCCCUCCCUUGGACAGCAACCUACAGACCCUGCUGGGAAGCUACCAUGCAAGGUUUCCUUGCAUUGCUCUGGCUGGCCAUUAGUAGAAGUUAAACAAGAAUCUCUGAGCCGAGGGAGGAGUUGUGUUAUCUGGGCCCUUCUGGAGGUGGAUGGUAGCCACAUUACUGCGUGUUUGCUGACCCUACCUACGAUGCUGAUCUGUUCGAGUUUUUGAGCACGGCAGUACUCUUUGCGGGCAUUCAUUUGCCAGAGACAACUUGUUUGAAGGGAGGACAUAAGUUACAAAAUUCAUUUCUGCAGGAUUAAAAUUCCUUCCAGAUUCCAUCGCUGCCACUUUGACUAUUUUUUCACAUCCAUACUUCCUUGCUUUUACAAAGUUGAGCAAAGCACUGAGGUUGAAGCAUGUUCACAUCCCACCCUUACAAAACAAAUUUGCGUAGCUGUAGCUGCACACCUAAAUGUGUAACAGCUGAUGGCUGCUUAAAGCAAACCAUCUGAGGGACCUAUGGGCUGUUUCAAUUCCUAUUUGCAGCCACAGAUCCUGUCUCAGAUGGGGGUUGGUACUUAAAAGAGUAGAUGAUGAGCAGCAUACACUUUGUCCUAUAUUUACUGGUUUUAAUGUACGAUGAUGAUGCUUAAUGUAUAAAAGAACUAUGUGCUUGUUACAAGGCUGGUUUCUCUUGAAUUGGCUGCUUUGAGACUUUUAAGGGGGCUGCACUUCUGUGUCACUUUUUGUGCCUUAAGGUGGCUUUGUACAAUGUUUUUUAACAUCAUUCAGAAUUUGUAUAAAGUUGUGAAUGUUUAAUAGUGUAAGUUAUAAACAAGGCAUCUUAGAUUGGCCCUAUAAUAGGAAAAAUUUUCUGUAAGGUUUUACCGCAGGGCUAUCAGCCAGUCCCACACCCCCCACACCUACCUCUGUUCUGCUGUGGAGGCUAUCGAGGUUAAUGGCUUUGAGAGGCUUAGUUCCUAGCGAAGUAACACAUUAAGGCUGGGAACAACUCACCAGGCCGUGAAGAAGAGCUGGUUUUCUGCAGCUCCGUGAACAGGGAGGCUGCGCGUGGUUACGCAGCUCUUCUAAACAAGCUCCGUACAUCUGAAAGCGCUUGGGAUGGGGGCGGUUGCGGGGAAGGAACCGACCCCUUGGGCCUUGUGGGCGCUGCAUCUCAGUCCCCUCUCUGCAGGCUGGGCGCCCGCUGGCCGCCUUUGUGAUGCUGGGAGCGUGGCUGCUGCUUGCUUGAACGCCAGAGGCCACAAGGGAUGGGGGCACAGACGUUCUUAGCAUUUGUUGGAGAAGCAUUACUGCCGUGGUUCCGGUGCGAGAGACGUGAACUGGACCUGUGGGUGGGGUAGGCCCGGGCCCAGGCCUCCCCUGCAGCUGUUGGAAUAAACAGCAAAUGUGAAACAGCAAAAACUGAAAGCAAAGCCUUGUCUCCUCCUGUCUUGUUCCCACAUUCACCUCUGUAAGCAAGAGGCUAUAGAUUUUACAGUCAUUAAAGUACAAGUUCUACAAAAUCUUUUUUUUUUUUUGUCCAAAGUUGAAUUUGCUUUGUGAUUUGUCUCGUUUCUUACACCUUUCAUUUGAGUGUCCCUAAAUACAAAAGGGUGAAUUCCAGCUUGUGAUCCACCAGGUGAAUCUUGAGAGCUGUUAGGUAGGAAAUGCGAAUGAAAAACCAACUGCCUGCUUGCCACUGGUGGUGCUGGAGGGAGGGGGGGGCCUUGUGCCAAGUUAUUCCAUGGCUGAAGAUCUCUCUUGAAUGUUCCAGGUGCUGUUCCUGGGAGACAGUUCAACAUUUGAAUGAAAUCGUGCCAGUUCAUUGUACUUCUGAUGAGGUGUUCAC